GCCGAUUGACACGAAAAUGGACCAAGUGGUAUGAGCUCAUGGGUUCCUUCUCCGCUGUGAUUGGCUGUUUACUUUAUUAUAUACUCUCCUCGCGCCUUUCCUCUUCCUCUUUCUUUCACGCGACCCUCGAGCACAGUAUCACCUUGUCUUUAAACCAGCUGUUGAGCGAUCCUUGGUAGCACUGUCAAGAUGCCCAGGGAAGACAGGGCCACGUGGAAGUCCAACUAUUUUAUGAAAAUCAUCCAACUUCUGGAUGACUUUCCAAAAUGUUUCAUCGUGGGGGCAGACAACGUGGGCUCCAAGCAGAUGCAAACCAUUCGCAUGUCUCUGCGUGGAAAAGCCGUGGUGCUGAUGGGUAAAAAUACCAUGAUGCGCAAAGCCAUCCGUGGCCACCUGGAGAACAAUCCUGCUCUGGAGAAGCUCCUGCCUCACAUUAAAGGCAAUGUGGGCUUUGUCUUCACCAAAGAGGAUCUGACUGAGGUCAGGGACAUGCUGCUGGCUAAUAAGGUACCAGCAGCUGCCCGUGCUGGAGCCAUAGCUCCUUGUGAUGUGACGGUGCCAGCUCAGAAUACUGGACUGGGUCCCGAGAAGACCUCUUUCUUCCAGGCUCUGGGUAUCACCACCAAAAUCUCCAGGGGAACCAUUGAAAUCCUGAGUGACGUCGGUCUGAUCAGGACUGGCGACAAGCAGGUGUAUGACAACGGAAGUGUUUACAGCCCUGAGGUGCUUGACAUCACAGAGGCUUCUCUGCAUGCCAAAUUCCUGGAGGGUGUGAGAAACAUUGCAAGCGUGUGCCUGGAGAUUGGUUAUCCCACUUUGGCCUCCAUUCCCCACUCUGUCAUCAAUGGGUACAAGAGGGUCCUUGCUGUUGCUGUGGAGACUGACUACUCUUUCCCUCUGGCAGAAAAGGUCAAGGCCUACCUGGCUGACCCGACUGCAUUUGCUGCUGUAGCAGCACCGGCGGCAGCAGCUGCAGUGACCGCUGCAGCUCCGGCUGCUAAGGAAGAGGUCAAGGAAGAGUCUGAGGAAUCCGAUGACGACAUGGGCUUUGGCCUGUUUGACUAAAAGUACAGCAAACGGAACAAACUUGUCAAAACCGUGAUUCAAUAAACUGAUGACA